AUUACAAAAUAAAACUAUAAUAGAUUUAGGUUAUCCCGUAAAAAUGACGAGAAAUCAAGUGAUCAAUGAUCCCCUUGCAGCCAUAUACAAUGAAUCUUACUGGCGCAUAUGCAGAGUAUCUCCAAUGUAUAAUUUGCAGUACAGUGAGUUACAGCUCAAACAAUAUGCUUCGACGAUUCGACAAAUUCUAGCCAUUAAUUGCAUCUCAGCUUCGACUACAAAGUAUAAUGUUGUCAUAGAAAAUGCUGAACACCUCAGAUACGCUGAAAAUGACCCUAACAGCUUAAUGAUUACAGUGUCUACUUCUCAAGGGAGUGACAAAGAAAAAGUGGUAUAUACAGCUAUUCUAAUUUCAUGGGGUCAAAAUGUAUUUGUGAAUAAUGCUGUGCACUUACCAUACAUGUUGGAGCAUGGAGAAGUAAAAGUUGGCAACGAAGUCAAGAAACGUCUGCAGAACAUGUUUGACUGCAAUAUUAAGCAAUACAGUUUUACAGAGUUUCAGUUACUACAAUUUGCCUUCAAUUUUGUUGAAAGUGCCACUUCACGGAGUACUGAUCCGUUUGUGUUCAACUACAAAACUCCUCAAGCAAAUUUUAAUGACAAGAUAACGGUAACAUUUGAAGUAGGUGAUGUACAUGCAAUAUGGAACAGCAUACAAGAGGAGAACAGCACAUAUGCAGAGCUUAUUCACCUCGCUUAUCAAAUUCUCCAAAACCAAUUAUAUGUGACAACAACUCUCAACAUAUCAAUGUUUGAUCUUUGUGAUGUGAUUCUAUCAAAGUCAGAAGUUAAAAACACAGGAGUAGUUAAAAUGAAGACACCGGAAAUUGUUAAUUCAGUAUUUACAGUUUUAAAUGAAAUUUCACUCCCAUACCUUUUACGUGAAACCCAAGAGACAGAGUGAAAUAUUUUUAAGUUAUUUUAAAAUGGACUUUGGUAUUUGUAGAAAUAAAUUAUAGUCUGUCAAAAAAGUGAAGAAAUUAAAAUGUGGCAACAUCGUA